UAUGUACCACGUGUUUUCACAGGUUUGUUUUCAUUCAUACAGACUAUGCUGUUGCUGUCUUCGUUGACUUGAGCCCUGUAGAAGUUAUUUUAUUCGAUAACCUGCCGCAGCUAUUUACCGGAAAUGAACAUGAAGACAAACGGAGAAGAAGACGAAGAUUGCGCGUUUCUUGAAAACGUUUUGGAUAAACUGUACGACUUUGGUAAUGGACCAGCGGCGAAAAAGAAGAGCAAGUCUCAGAAGAAGCAAAAACGAAAAAGGUGCGAGGAAGAGGAAGAAGAGGAGGAGGAAGAUGUGCCUGCCGUCCAGGAAACCUGCAGUGACUCUGAAGACAACAGAACAGAUCGUGUUUGUGCAGAAAACCAGCAGCAACAAACAAAAACUCAACAAGCAGGUCGAACUGCGCCGCAGGUGGAGGUGGUGACAUUUCAGGAUCCCAAAAAGAAACCCAAGCAGACCCCAGUCCCCGAGAAACAACCUGCCCUUCAGAUCACAGAGGAGAAGGAAAGCAGCCAGCCAGAAGAACUCAAUUUGGAAAAGGCUCGUCUUGAGGUCCAUCGGUUUGGUAUCACAGGCUAUAAGAAGGAGCAGCAGCGUGGUUUUGAACAGGACAGAGCAGUGAUGCUGGGAGCCAGACCUCCUAAGAAGGACUACGUCAACUACAAGGUGCUGCAGCAGCAGAUUAAGGAGAAGAAGCAGAAAGUGAAGGAGGACGUUCAGCCGGAUCUGAAGAAGAAGAAGAAGCACAGCAAUCAAAGGGACAAGAGUAAGAAGGUGUCUUCUGGUUCAGGGACGGCGCCCUCGGGUCAAGUGGGCCGCUUCAAGAACGGCAUGCUGGUCCUCAGCUCCAAGGAGAUCCAGAAGAUCAAAGGCAACAAGAGGAGGAAAUAAGUGUGUGUGUAUUUUCUCAGAGCAAUUCAAAGAAGACAGAAAUCCGACUGGUCAUCUGUUGGGACUUUUUAAGAAAGUGAAGUAAAUGCAGGAUUAAUAUUUAGUGAUGAUGAAGGUGAAAGGUCAAACCCUCCAUGGAUCGCCCGCAGUGUUACGAGGAGGAGGAGGAGGAGGAGGACAUGAGCUGAAAACCACCUGAGCUUAUUUUCUAGAGGACCUGUCACUGGUCUGCAGUGAAAUAUGGGACAAACUGCUGAGUCAUGAAUCCAAUGUAUUGAUCUCUGAAAUGGACCCUGAAUGCAACUUCUGGCAGAAUAUAAAGGCACAAAACAGGA